CUGUUCCCCGUAGCUCCGGUGGCUGCGACUUCUCCUCCCAUGAUGUCGGGUGCAGCGGCUGGACCCUUUUCCAGCCAGGCCUCCAGGGCCUGGCCCCCGAGGGGCUAAAUAGCCUGGCGCCCUCUCCUCACACUGGCUGUCCCCCGGCUCCCUGAAGCCAUGGCACCCACCUGGAUUGGCUUCCACAGGUUCCUGCUGCGCCUCUCCAACCACCCCAGGUGGGGACGGCAGCUGCCCCAGGCUCCCCUGCUCUGGCUUCUGCUCCUGGGCUGGCCCGCGUGGGUCCAGCCAGCCACUUUCAAGGUGGGGGUGAUGGGGCCCUGGACCUGCGACCCCAUGUUCGCCCAGGCCUUGCCCGAGGUGGCUGCCCAGCUGGCCGUUGGGCGGCUCAACAGAGACCCCACCAUGAACCAGGGCUACUGGUUCGACUAUGUGCUGCUGAAUGAGGAGUGCCAGACCAGCCAGGCGCUGGUGGCCUUGGUCAACGCCGAGCGUUACGCCUCCGGCUUCGUGGGGCCUCUCAACCCGGGGGUCUGCGGGGCAGCCGGGCUCCUGGGCCGGGCCUGGAACAAGCCUAUCUUCUCCUGGGCCUGCCUGAACGGGGACGCCGCGGUGGAGCGGUGGGGCACCUUUGCCCGGCCCCUGCCCCGGGCCUCGUCCGUCCUAUACGCUGUCCUCAAGUUCUUCCGCUGGGCCCACGUGGCUGUGGUCACCUCCCGGCAGGAGCUGUGGGUGGAGGUGGGGCAGGGCCUGGCCAGCUCCCUGCGUGAGUUCGGCUUGCCCGUGGGCGUGGUGACCACCAUGGAGCCUGGGACCGAUGGGGCCUGGAAUGCCUUGCGGAAGGUGCAGAGGGCCGACAACAUCAGAGUGGUGGUGAUGUGCAUGCAUUCGGUGCUGCUGGGCGGGGAGGAGCAGCGCCUCCUGUUGGAGAAGGCCGAGGACCUGCGCAUGACGGAUGGCACCUUCGUCUUCAUCCCUUACGACGCGCUGACGUACAGCCUGCCCUACCGUCGGACUCCCUACCCCGUGCUGGAUAACAACACCAAGCUGCGGCUGGCCUACGAUGCCGUGCUCACCAUCACCAUCGACGCCCCCGAGCGCGGCUUCCGUGAGGCUUUCCAGGAUGCCCAGCAGGCACGCGAGCUGCCAGCUCACCUGGACCCCAUGCAGGUGCACCCACUCUUUGGCACCAUCUACAACUCCAUCUACUACCUGGCCAAGGCGGUGGAGCGCACUCGGCAGGCCGGCCGCUGGGUGAUGGGCUCCAGCGUCGCUGAACACGCCCGGGACUUCCAACUGGAUGGCUUCUGCCAGCCACUGGCGGCCGACGAGGACGGCGACCCCCUGGUAACCUACAUCAUCCUCGACACAGACGGCAAAGGGAACCGUCUCUGGCCCACCUACAGCGUGGCCAUGGGGCCCGAGGGGCUGCGCUACGUGGGGCACGCCAUCCACUGGCCCCACAGCGCCAGCCCCAGCACUGACUCGAGCUGCUGGUUCGACCCAAUGUCCGUCUGUUCUGGGGGGGUGGACCCCAGCUUCAUCCUGCUUCUGUUCAUCCUGGUUUCCAGCUUGAUCCUUGCAGGAACAGUUGUUGCUUACUACAUCAGGCGCCGGAUCCUGCUUGCCCAGCUGAUGAAAGGGCCCAACAAGAUCAUUCUGACCAUGGACGACUUGACGUUCAUCCACACCCAGAGCAGCAACAAAAAGAUGGACGACAGCCGCACAAGCCUGGCAGGGAAGAGCAUCUCCGACAUGAGGAGCUUCAAGAGCCUGGCAGCCGCCCCUGACAACACCAACGUGGCUGUCGCUGAGGGAGAUGAGAAGCAAAAAUGCAACAGCCACAUCCCCUUCCUCCUUCUUUUGUUUAACAACCAAGGGAUAGUGGCAGCUGUGCAGGGUGACUGGGUUUGGCUGAAGAAGUUCCCAGGGGACAAGCACACGGAGAUCAAGCCGGCCACCAAAACCAGCUUCUGCAAGCUCCGGGACCUGCGGCACGAGAAUGUGAAUCUGUUCCUGGGGUUCUUCUACGACUGCGGGGUGUUCGCCAUUGUCUCGGAGCACUGCUCCCGUGGCAGCCUGGAGGACCUCAUCCGCAACGAGGACAUGAAGCUCGACUGGAUGUUCAAGUCCUCCCUGCUCAUCGACCUCAUCAAGGGGAUGAAGUACCUCCAUCAUCGGGACGUGGUCCACGGGCGACUGAAAUCGCGGAACUGCGUGGUGGAUGGGCGCUUUGUGCUGAAGGUGACGGACCACGGCUUCAAUGAGCUCCUGGAGGCCCAGAAGAUCCCACAUGACCCACCCAGGCCUGAAGAGCGGUUCUGGACUGCGCCAGAGCUGCUGCGGGACCCGACACUGGAGCGCAAGGGCACCUUCCGUGGGGACAUCUACAGCAUCUCCAUCAUCAUGCAGGAGGUGAUCUGCCGCAGCGCCCCCUACUGCAUGCUGGACAUGCCGGCCGAUGAGAUCAUCCGGAAGGUGGAGAAACCGCCCCCGCUGUGCCGUCCCUCGGUCUCAGUGGACCAGGCCCCACUGGAAUGCAUCCAGCUGAUGAAGCAGUGCUGGAGCGAGCAGCCUGAGCGGCGGCCAACCAUCAACCAGAUCUUUGACCAGUUCAAGAACAUCAACAAAGGCCGGAAGACCAACAUCAUCGACUCCAUGCUGCGCAUGCUGGAGCAGUACUCCAGCAACCUGGAGGACCUGAUCCGCGAGCGGACGGAGGAGCUGGAGAUCGAGAAGCAGAAGACAGACAAGCUGCUCACCCAGAUGCUGCCACCGUCGGUGGCGCAGGCAUUGAAGAUGGGGACACCGGUGGAACCUGAGUACUUCGAGGAGGUGACACUCUACUUCAGCGACAUCGUGGGCUUCACCACCAUCUCGGCCAUGAGCGAGCCCAUUGAGGUGGUGGAUCUGCUCAAUGACCUCUACACCCUCUUCGAUGCCAUCAUCGGCUCCCACGACGUCUACAAGGUGGAGACCAUCGGAGAUGCCUACAUGGUGGCCUCAGGGCUGCCCCAUCGGAACGGGAACCGGCACGCGGGCGAAAUCGCCAACAUGUCGCUGGACAUCCUGAGCGCCGUCGGGUCCUUUCGCAUGCGCCACAUGCCCGAAGUGCCCAUCCGCAUCCGCAUUGGCCUACACUCCGGGCCCUGCGUGGCUGGUGUGGUAGGGCUCACCAUGCCCCGGUACUGCCUCUUCGGGGACACUGUCAACACCGCCUCCCGCAUGGAGUCCACCGGCCUGCCUUACAGGAUCCACGUGAACAUCCGCACGGUCACCAUCCUGCAUUCGCUGAAGGAGGGAUUCAAACUGGACAUUCGGGGCAAGACAGAGCUCAAGGGCAAAGGUGUGGAAGACACAUACUGGCUGGUGGGACGAGACGGAUUCAACAAACCCAUCCCCACGCCCCCCGAUCUGCAGCCGGGGGCGAGUAACCACGGCAUCAGCCUGGAUGAGAUCCCCGCGGACCGGCGGAAGAAGUUGGAGAAAGCCCGGCAGAACAAGUAGCGAGGGAUGCCAGCGAGCGGGAGGCCGGGCUGGGCAGAGAUCUGUGGGCAACAGCACCUGACACUUCCCGGCCAGUCUCGGUGGGGCAGACUCAAAUUGCUCCCCCACCAUGCCCUGUGGAAGGAAGAUGGGCUGGGCCGGGUGGGCAACUCGUGCCGGUCACCAGAAAUGGACUCAUCUUUUUGUGCGCUGGUCCCACCUCCCCAGGUGCAUUGUGGGACUGUUGGCUUUGUAGCUGAAGAUCCAGGCGCAUUAUGGGACUUCGGCCCACCUGGAAUUUCCAUGCACCUCCUACUACAAAGCCAGGUGCAUUAUGGGACUUUGGCCAACCUGGGAUCUGCCGUUCACCUCCAACCAAGGACCCCAGGUGCAUCAUGGGACUUCAGCCAACCUGGGAAUUCACGUUCAUUUGGUAAUGGGCAGCGUCCCCUGGGACCUGCCGUUCUCCUCCCUUUUUUCAGAGAUUCAGACUGUACCACUGCGAGGAGAUGGGGAUGGGUGGUGAUUGGUUCAUACCCUAAUUGCUUUCUGCAGAGAACCCCGGACAGACAAGAGGGGGGAAUGCAGCGAUGCCCCCAUGGGGUUACCGCAGUUU